ACGACUUCCACAGCCCGGACAGGAACCUUCCACCCACAGUGACAUCCUGACUGGUGCGUGGUGAGGGUGCCUCCCAACUUCCCCCCUCGGUAGCAGGAGCCAGACACCUCCAAACAGUAAACCUCAAGCAUCGACUCCAGCCCCGAGCAUCCUCCUGGUCCUUCCUCUGCAGCAGAUGGGCUCUCCAAUGCAGAAGACUGCCCUCCCCUGCCUGAGUCUCAUCCUGCUUAUCUGGAGCCAGGGUCCCGGGGUCCAAGGCCAAGAAUUCCAAUUUGGGCCCUGCCGCGUGGAGGGGGUAGUUUUCCAGGAGCUGUGGGAGGCCUCCCGGGCCAUGAAGGACAUUGUGCAAGCUCAGGAUAACAUCAUGAGUGUCCAGCUGCUGCGGAGGGAGGUUCUGCAGAAUGUCUCGGGCGCUGAGAGCUGCUACCUCCUCCGUGCCCUGCUGAACUUCUACCUGAACACCGUGUUCAAAAACUACCACAAGAAGGCAACUGAACUGAGGAUCCUGAAGUCCUUCUCUACUCUGGCCAACAAUUUCAUUGUCAUCCUGUCAAAACUGCAGCCCAAACAGGAAAAUGAGAUGUUUCCCAUCCGCGAGAGUGCGCGAAGGCGGUUUCUGCUGUUCCAGAGAGCGUUUAAGCAGUUGGACAUAGAAGCAGCUCAGACCAAAGCCUUUGGAGAAGUGGACAUUCUCCUGACCUGGAUGCAGAAAUUCUACCAGCUCUGAUUUCCCGGACUGGAACGCCCUCCUCGUUCUCCGUGUCAUUUCAAGAGUGUCCCUCCCUGUGAUGUUCUCUGGGCACUUCCCACUCCUACCCGUGGGUCCCAUUCUUGGUCCAGGCUUAUCCGCAAAGACUUCAUUCUUUAAGUGGCCCCGGCCAUGGAAGUCUCCCUCGGAUGCUGUGAAAAAGCUACAAAGCAGGCUCCUAUAUUUAUUACAACUCUAUUUAAUUCCUGUCAGUGUUUUAACUGAUGUUAUAUUUAUUUGUGAGACUAAGAUCUGUGACGACACCAGAGACAAUGCCCCACGCUUCUCUUUUAUCCUCUAUGAUCCUUGGAACCACGUGGGGCAGAGACGGUGCUCAGUAAAGGCCUAAUAAACUGGA